GGACAGAGUGGUUAUCUGGCAGAUAGGGAGAGGAGGCUGGCCAGUGGCUGGCUGACUUCACUGGGGUUCCUGAGCCCCUCAGCUUCCUCAGGUUCCCUGAGUAGGGCGCCAUUUCUCAGUGGGGUGGGGCCCUGGUUUCCCACACUCUGUCAUUCCCCAGGUCACUGGGGGCUGUGAUGUGAAGGGUUGCCAUGGCAAUAAGGUGGGGGCAGGGCACCUAGGGCAUGGAGCAGGACUAUGGAAGCCACCAAGAAAGUGGGGGGCCCUAAUCCAUCGGGCCCCCAGGGCCACCCCUCGGCUGGUAGCCAGCAGUCGGGGGGUGGCCUCAGAGGGUCCCAGGGACCAUGGAUAAGCUCAGGGCCGCUGUACUUUCAGCAAGGGUUGUCGUUGUCCACCGAGACCAUUAUUGAUGGGGCCUGUUGCCCAGUCUCCCUGGCCCAUGUCCCUGAGCCCAUCCACCAGCUACUCCAGAACCCAGCUGAGGUUAGCUCCCAGGGUGGCUAUGACCAGCCCUCCCAGGAAGUCCUGAGAUUCUCUACCGCCAGCGUGUUUUCAAGACCCAUCGUGGGAGCCCAGCCACGCCUCGUCAUGGACGAUGGGACCAUGAGUCUCCCGGUGUGUACGCCCAGUGACGGCAUCAGUGACGCGGCCCAGCACAGGCUCUGCCACUCCCGGCUUCAGGUGCGGCUUCGGGAAGAGGGCAAGGCCCCAUCUAAGGUCCUGGUAGGGUGGGGCAAAGGUCCCUGCAGCCCCGACCCGAUGGUCCCCCCUGGCACCAGGAAGAGUCGGUGGCUGCCCUACUUCAUCUCAGGAGAGGACAAUGCAGACAAAGACCAAGGUCCUCUUCCGACUCCUGCUGUGGCUCUAGCCCAAGAUCAGGGCCAGGACCAGGGUCUGCAUCCAGCUCAGGCACCCAGCAUAGGUGCAGCUCCUUCUCUCCCAGUAGCUCCUGCAGCUCCAGCGCAAGCUGAUACCCCAGCUCUGGGUGGGACCCCAAUGCCUGUUGCAGCUGAAACACACCCUGGCACCCCUGACCACCUGCCUGACACCAAUACAGCCAACCAGGACCUCCCUCAAGACUGCGGGAGGUCCGUGUUCUUGGAGUCUUCCAACUCUUCCCACCAGGACAAAGGGGAUUUCCAUUCUAAAGAGGGGCCUCCUAUCCCAGCACCUCCUCUAGAAGAGUUCCCGGACCACGCUCAGGAGCACAAGGUGGCUGGGAGGCAGGGGCCACUCGAACAGCCUGAGAAUUCAGUGGAGAAGCCCCAGGUCUACACCUCUGGGCUAGGCAGUUCAACACCAGGCCUGGAGCCCCCAGGGACCCCCAAGUCCCGAAGAACUAACCAGGAGAUGUGCAGCUCUCAGCCAGACAAGCAACCCCUCAAUAUCUGCAACAAGACCUCCUCCAAUGUGCCAGUGCCCCCGUAUGGUGUAACCUAUCCCGGGCAGUUCCCAGUCCAGGCUCCCAGGGAGGCCAUGCCAAUCCCCUCAAGUGCCCCUACCUGCCAGCUUCGGGAAGCUGUGGAAGAUCGUGUGCUGGUGUUCGACAUGGCCACGGGCAGCACCAGAAUGGGGCUGCUAUGCCACGACCCCAUGGGCUCCCGGGCCGUUCUGGUGGGUCUAAUGCCCAGCCACCCGUCCACCUAUGCCCCUGAAAAUACGCUACCCACCCGGCCACUGGCCAGGCCCUUCCUUUCCCCUGAGGGUAAUAGCUCCUCCUUCUGGCCCACCGCAUCUGUGCUGUCCAGUCCUGUUCCCUCCAGCCUGUCAUCUGGCAGCUACCGAGAGGUGGCCCUGGUUCCCAAGGAGGCCAGGCUCAACCUGGAGUCACGAGACUCCCCUGGGACUGAAUCACCACUCAGGGUUGGGGUGCUCGCUGGGCCUGUUCCUCUGCUGAUGCCUCUCCAGUUUGGUGAGAGGAGGUUGACCCAUGUCCCUGAUCCCAGCUGGCCCAAACAGGAUGCUGAAAAGAAUGAACCCAGUCACACCAUCUGGAAGCUGGACUCCUCCAGGUUGCCAGAUGCAGCCUUGGCCCAGACCAAGAAACUUCAGUGGAUGAACUCAGAGCCAGUGCCACCAGCCAGUACCCAGGAAGUGCCCAGAUCCCUGCCCCCAGAGGGCACAGACAGCCACAACCAGAAAGAGGUCAUCACUGCUCACCCUGAUAACCCUCAGGCCAAAGGUUCUGGGCAGGCCCCACUCAUUGGCCAGCCCAUCCUCAACGGACAGGCCCUCCUUCCUGGCCAACCCCCUUCUACCAAGAAGCAACCCUCCCUUUCUGAUCAGCCCCCUCUCGCUGGGAAGACCCCUCUUGGCAGGCAGCUUUCUCUCACCAGGCAGGCACCCCUCACUGAGGAGACCAUUGUUUCUAAUGAGCCCCCCAUCAUCAAGGAGCCCACCCUUACGAGAGGGCCCCCCACCACUGGGGAGUCUGGCCAGGCCUCCACCCAGGAAGGGGAGCCCUUGGGCCUGUCUACCAAUAUGGGGGUACUCCGAGUGACCCCAGCCCCCGAAGAGACAUGGGGCUACCUGGGUGGAGAAAAGGUUGGCAUGGGCAGCACUCGAAGUCUCAGCAUGCAUGGGGUCUCAUCCCGGCAACCUGGCAGCUCCCCCAGGAGUGGCCGGUUCAAGUUGACAGCCGAGGACGUCACACACUCAUCUGUGGUCACGCACCUUGGCCUGCUCCGAGGGACCUGUUAUGAGCUGGUGUCCACCAUGGAGGCUGUGCCAGUACAGUCACCGGUGCUCUACCGCCACUCUCUGGGCCCCUAUGAGGACAUGGCGGCUGUGGUGAUUGACACAGGCACAGGGUUCACCAAGUGUGGACUGGCUGGAGAGGACCACGUUCUCAGUGUGAUACCUUCCCAAGUCCAGCUGCUGCAGCACGCGUCCCAGGGCCAGCCCCGGUAUGCGGUGCCUGAGGACCGAGAGGAUGCACUGGAGGUGCUGUGGCAGCACCUGUUCUACUGCAGGCUGGGCGUGCAGCCCGAGGAACUGGCUGUGCUCGUGGCCGACUCACCCAUCUCCCCACGAACCAACCGAGAGAAGGUGGCUGAAAUCCUCUUCGAGCGUUUCCAUGUGCCGGCCAUGCAGACAGUGCAUCAGGCCCUGCUGGCGCUCUACGCCUGUGGACGUACCACUGGGCUGGUGCUGGGCAGCGGCCAUGGCACCUCCUAUGUGGCUCCCAUCCUCACUGGGGACUUGGCCCCACUUGACACCUACCGGCUGGAUGUGGCUGGUGCUGACCUCACCGAAUACCUGGCUCAGCUGCUGGCGGCAAGUGGCCAGUCAUUGCCCAAGGCAGGGCUGGCCAACCAGAUUAAAGAGGCUGCUUGCUACCUAGCCAUGAAUAUGGCGGGGGGGGGGGGGCGCCCCCAGGCCCGGGUGGACUUUGUGCUCCCAGAUAAACAGGUUAUCACACUGGGCUCUGAGCGCUUCUGCUGCCCCGAGGCCCUCUUCCAGCCUAAUUUGCUAGGCCUCAACCAGCCGGGCCUCCCACAGCUAGCCCUCCUAAGCAUCAGUCGGCUGGAGGCCAAGCAGCAGGAGCAGCUGCUGGCCAACGUGGUGCUGGAGGGUGGCAGCACCCUGUUGAGUGGCUUCCCCGAGCGCCUGAAACAGGAGCUGGGCCCUCAUGCCUCCGUGCUGAGCUCUCCCCACCGUGCAGUGGCUGCCUGGCUUGGGGGUUCCAAAAUGGCAUCCCGGGACUCCUUUCAGAGCCUGUGGCUCAGACGCCGUGAGUACGAAGAGGAAGGCCCGUGGGCUAUCUACAAGUACCAGCUGUGAGCACAUAAAGUUCUGCUUCUGCUUGCUUUGGGCAUUGUGGCAUGUUUCAGGCACAGAGUGGGGUCGGGAAAGCAGGAGGCUAGGCAUGGGGUUGGGGACCUGGCUCUCCUAAAGUGCAUCCUGCUCUGCACUCAGAACUCCAUGGACCUUGGCCAUCUGCCCUUUGUGGGGA